AUGGCUGAAUCAUACCCAACCCUCUCCCAAUGCGCGCUUGUCGCCGGCGCGCUCAAGGUCCUCCUCUUCCCGGCCUACAAAUCCACCGACUUCGAAGUCCACCGGAACUGGCUCGCCAUCACGAACAGCCUGCCUUUGUCCAAGUGGUACUACGAGAAGACCUCGGAAUGGACCCUCGACUACCCUCCCUUCUUCGCCUACUUCGAGUGGGUCAUGUCCCAGGUUGCGAAGCUCGUCGACCCGGCCAUGCUCAAGGUCUACAACUUGGAAUACGAUAGCUGGCAGACGGUAUACUUCCAGAGAUGGACUGUCAUUAUUUCGGAGCUGGUCCUAGUCUAUGCGCUGCAGCGAUUCAUCGAGACCGCGACGGGAGGAACGAGACGUGCUGCCCAGGCUGCUGCCAUCUCAAUUCUUCUUUCCCCCGGUCUUUUGAUCAUUGACCACAUCCACUUCCAGUACAAUGGCGCCAUGUACGGUGUGCUCAUCCUGUCUCUCGUUCUGGCGAGGUCCAAGUCGGGCUUGCUGGGCAGCGGGCUGGUGUUUGCUGCGUUGCUGUGCAUGAAGCACAUCUAUCUGUACCUCGCCCCGGCCUACUUUGUCUUUCUUCUCCGUGCCUACUGUUUGUCGCCCAAGUCCAUGUUCAGAAUCCAGUUCCUCAACUGCAUCAAACUGGGAGGUGGUAUUGCGGCCAUCUUUGGUGCCGCAUUUGGACCGUUUGCAGCUCUGAAUCAGAUACCACAGAUGAUGAGCCGCCUUUUCCCGUUCUCGCGUGGUCUUUGCCAUGCCUACUGGGCCCCCAAUGUCUGGGCUCUGUACUCCUUCGCGGACCGCGUCCUCAUUUAUGUGGCACCCAGGCUCAAUCUCCCUGUCAAGGCCGAAGCCAUCAACAGUGUCACCAGAGGACUCGUGGGUGACACUGCCUUUGCGGUGCUGCCAGAAAUCAGUCCACGCACUUGCUUCGCUCUCACGCUCUUCUUCCAGGUGCUGCCUCUGAUCAAGCUCUUCUUCCAGGCCCAGAUACCCUUGCCCUGGGACAGCUUUAUUGGGGCGGUGACUCUGUGCGGCUACGCUUCAUUCCUCUUCGGAUGGCAUGUGCACGAGAAGGCCAUUCUUCUCGUCAUCAUUCCCUUCAGCCUUAUUGCGCUCAAGGAUCGCCGCUACCUCAGUGCAUUCCGACCAUUAGCUGUCGCUGGACACGUCUCUCUCUUUCCCCUCCUGUUCACGUCGGCGGAAUUCCCAAUCAAGACGGUUUACACCAUCUUCUGGCUGAUUCUGUUCCUCCUGACCUUUGACCGAUUGGCGCCGGCUUCCAGAAAGGCCAGGUUCUUCUUGCUCGACCGAUUCAGCACGCUGUAUAUCGCAGUCAGCAUCCCGUUGAUCCUGUACUGCUCACUGCUGCACCAGAUAGCGUUUGGGAAGCGGUAUGAAUUCCUGCCGCUAAUGUUCACGAGCUCGUACUGCGCGGUGGGGGUCGUCGGCAGUUGGCUCGGUUUCAUGGUGGUUUACUUCACGUCAUGA